GUCGAGCGUCGCCGUGGAGCCCGGUGGAGCGCGAGGCGCGACAAAGUAUCGACGGCGCGCUUGGGCGCGCUUGGGCGCGCUGCUGCGGUCAUCUCUCCGCGUUCGCGGUAUGAUCGCACAAUCGCGACAAUUAAAAGGAUAAUUGUACGACGCGUAGAGGUGUAUCGCACGAAUCAAGUGACGCUCGUAGUCGAGGCAGGUGACUCGUAAGACUGUCAGUUUAUUGAUAAAUAUAAAAAAUAUGCCCUCCCGGACGCCGGUGUUACGAUAAGGUUACGUCUCCACGAGCGGGACAAAUGAACCGAUUGUAGUAGUAAGAACGAGAAUAUCGGAUAAAGGGAUCAUGUCGAGAAGGUGGCUAUCGAAUUUCGCGCUGGCCGGCAUCAUCAGGCUGCUGAUAAUGAACUCCGAAUACCAAAAGAUCAUCGGCAACCGCGUCGAGGUGUCGACCGCCUUAAACUCCUGGAAGAGAGUGACCGAAGGAGUUUACCUGCACAAGAUUGGCAUAGAUCCGUACGAGGGAGAUCUGUUUCACGAGACUCCAAUUGGAUUGUAUGUGUUCAACCAGAUGCAGGAAUAUUUACCGCAAUGGGCAUUAUUUUUGCUGUUUGUUGUUGUGGACCUAACAACUGCCCUGUGCCUCGCUCUUGCAGCAAAACAUUAUGCGAUUGAGUUGGUAACAAAAAGAAAAGAAGAAAAAGAUGAGAAGUCUAACAGAGAUAAUCCCAGCACGUCCGCUUUGUACGUUUCCGCAGCUUAUCUAUUCAACCCAUACAUAAUUCUGAAUUGCAUUGGCCUAACAACCACGGUUUUCACCAAUUUACUUUAUUCAAUUGCGCUGGUAUCGAUGACAAGACGUUCCAUGUUCUGGAGUUGCAUUUCAAUAGCGUUAUUGACAUUACAAGGACUCUAUCCAAUAUCGCUCAUGGUACCGGCAACUAUCUAUGUCGCUAGUACGGCAAAGAAUAAAAAAAUUAGUAUUGUUACUAUGUUAAUCAUAUUUACGAGCAUUCUGGUGGCCCUAUUCGCCAUUUCUUACUGCAUCAUGGAAAGCUGGUCGUUCUUGUGGAGUACCAUCGGCUUCAUCCUAACUGUUCCCGAUUUACGUCCGAAUAUCGGCCUAUAUUGGUACUUUUUCACGGAGAUGUUCGAACAUUUCAGAUGGUUGUUCAUUGCGUCCUUCCAGAUAAACGUCAGUUUACUGUACAUAGUCCCCUUAGCGUUGAGAUUACGACGCGAGCCGAUGUUAUUAGCGUUCUCCUAUCUAGCGAUAGCUGCCAUAUUCAAAUCUUAUCCGUGCAUCGGAGACGUCGGUUUUUAUAUAUCUCUAUUGCCGCUAUGGAAGCACUUAUUCCAACACAUGCAACAAGGAUUCAUUGUAGGUUGUUUUGUAUUGUUUUGCACAGUCUUCGCCCCAACCGUAUGGCAUCAGUGGAUCUACUCCAGAUCGGCAAACGCCAACUUUUACUUUGGGGUAACCUUGGCGUUUGCGAUAGCGCAAAUCUUCCUUUUAACGGACAUUCUAUUUGCCAGUGUGAAACACGAGUUCGCAGUUCAGCAUGGUAUCAAUAAAAAAGUUAACGGAAAUGAAGUUAAACUGCUGCUCGAAUAAAAUAUGCUUUUCUAGAUCGAAAUGUAUAAUACCCUGCCGAUGAAUAAUGAUAAGUGAUAUCAUGUCUUUGAAUCAUUCGCCAUGUAAAAAUAAAUAGUUUUUUACAAAAA